GUGAGAUUGCAUGAAUACGGCUCACUAGAGAGCAAUAUCAUGAUAUUUUGUGAGGCAGAACAUUGUAUUGACUGACUGCAUGAGGGACAUUCGGUUGGUUGGCAACUUUUUAUGCGUGUGGGGGUGCUGUUUUCAGCAAUUGCUUGAUAAGAUCAGCCAUGGGGCAUUGUCCUGUCAGUUUCUGAUCAAUUUCUAAAUCCUGUGAACUCGCUGCAUGCAACAACUGUGGGGAACAUUCACUGUAGCCGACAUUAUGCGGAGAGACUGGCUGUGUUUUAAUGUGCAAACUCCAUGGCUGUAAAAUGAAGGAAUGAUUUUCCUCGUUGGGGAAAACAUGCUUGUUUAUAUACCAAGGAAACUAGACCGCAAAUCCCACUGAAAUCACGAACAUGUUGCGGUGAAGAUGGGGGACUGGAACUUGUUGGGGAGCAUUUUAGAGGAGGUUCAUAUUCACUCCACCAUCGUGGGUAAAAUCUGGCUGACCAUCCUGUUCAUAUUCCGGAUGUUGGUUCUCGGCGUGGCGGCCGAGGACGUCUGGGUGGACGAGCAAAGCGAAUUCAUCUGCAACACGGAUCAGCCGGGAUGCAAGAACGUCUGCUACGACCAGGCUUUCCCGAUAUCGCUUAUUCGCUUUUGGGUACUGCAGAUCAUUUUCGUUUCCUCGCCUUCGCUGGUGUACAUGGGACAUGCUCUGUACCGGUUAAGGGCUUUGGAGAAAGAACGACACAGGAGGAAAAUCCAGCUAAGAGCCGAGCUGGAAGAGAUGGCACCCCUCUUGGAGGAGCACAAGAAGUUGGAGAAGGAACUAAGGAAGCUAGAAGAGCAGAAGAAAAUGAAGAAGGCUCCUCUGAGGGGCUCCUUGCUACGCACAUAUAUUAUUCAUAUCCUUACCAGAUCAGUGGUGGAAGUGGCGUUCAUUGUGGGGCAGUAUAUCUUAUAUGGCAUAGGACUGGAUCCUUUGUACAAGUGCGAGAGGGUGCCUUGCCCGAACAGCGUGGACUGUUACGUCUCCAGGCCGACGGAGAAGACCAUCUUCAUGGUUUUCAUGAUUGUCAUUGCAGGGGGUUCGUUGUUCCUGAACCUUUUGGAAAUAUCCCACCUGGGGGUGAAAAAAAUUAAACAGACUCUAAGCGGUCUCCAGUUUGUCGAGGACGACAGUCUUUACAAACCCAAGCAUUCGACUAUUCAGCAACUGUGUGUGAUGACGGACUUGUCGCCUCACAAAAACCCGCAGUUGAAAACUUUUAUCCCGCAGGGGCAAAUGGACCCACCGCUGUUCUUAAACAGCGCUUGCGUCGGUUCGAGCAGCGAUAUAAUGCGGCACAACAGUUUCGCCGCGGCCACUCUCCCGGUGUCCUGCAUAACCCAACAGCCCCGCCAAAUGCGCCAGCCCAGCCAGGGAAUGAUCCAUGAACUGCACUCCCAGGCAUCCAUGGAGAUGCUAGAGGACCAGGAAAACCGAAACCAGCAUCUAGAGAGCUGUAACGGCUCAGAGAGGGACGUUAGGCCUUUUAACUUGGGUCAUACCGAAAUACCAGCCUGCCUUCGAAACACUGUGCACAGGCCCAGCCGCUUGCCGGACCUGGGGGGUGAUGCUUUAGAGUCCUCCGAGAGUGACUUUUGUCCACCAAACAGAAAAGCCAGUUUCAUGGCCCGUAUGCCCUCGGACAGCAUGUCAGGCAGUCCGUCCUGUCCUUCCACUAGAAGUUCGGAGUCCGAGCUCGGCUCCCUCAACGACCUGCCCAUGAACCCACCACCAGGGGGUGGACGACGGAUGUCUAUGGCAAGUAGACGCAAAUGA